AUGGACUAUUUGAGGGAUAAAUCCCUAAAACGACUAGAUGAUUUUUUGGAAAAGUUAAACAACUUUAUUCUAAACGAAGAAUCUGACAAUGACAAUCAAUUGAGCCAACAUAAUAUAGGUGAAUAUGUAUCAUAUUUGAUUGUAAAGUAUGUCGUUUCCAUCUGUAACGAUGAAGACUUUGAACCUAACUCCAAUAUUUCUGAUGGAAAAAUCGAAGAGUCUUACGAGAGCCAAAAACUUGUUGAAUUUGAUUGUAAUGAUAUUUAUUCAUCCAGAAUGGCUCUCGUUUUGAAGAAUUUGGCCUCUUCUAAUAUCUCUCUUGAAACUUUUUUCUGCCAUAAAUCCAAAUUCUACCACUAUACCACUUCCACUGCAGUUGAUAAUACUGAUACAUCAGUUGAGAAUGUUGUUUAUUCAAAAAAAGAAGUUUUUGGAUUAUUAAAAUUUUGUCAUUGUAAACUUGCAAUUGAUUUAAUAGGUGAUGUUCCUGUAAGUGAUAAGGGAGUUGGAAUUAACUACUUAAAACACGGAGAAUUUAUUUUGAAAAGAUUUUCUUUUUUACUCAACAGUGUUUGUCCUCUGAAGCCAGAGCUUCACAUUAACUUCAUCGAGUCUCACUUAUCUAAAGAUAGUGAAGUGUUAAAGGUGAUUGAUCUCGGAUAUCUAGACUCUUCAAGGCCCUGGAUCAUAUACUGGUCUCUACACUCGUUGUUAUUACUACAACAUGAUAUACAACCGUAUAUAUUGCCCGAUCAAUUUUGUGUAAAAUGUAGUAGAAGUUUGAAUAGCAUAAUGAAGUGUUGGGAUAGUGAGUUUGGAGGAUUUGGCGGAGGUGAGUAUCAGAGAGGUCACGUAGCAACGACUUAUUCAGCAUUGUGUGUUUUGAAGAUGUUUGACUCUGUUCACAUGGUUGAUAGAGAGUUGUUGCACUCGUUUUUGAUGGAUAUGAAGUCUGCUGACGGCUCGUUUUCAGCCACCUACGGAGGCGAGUGUGAUGUCAGGAGCACUUACUGCGCUAUAGCAAGUGCUUGUAUUGCUGGAAUAUUAACGGAAAAAAUUGUUGAAAACACCCUGGAGUAUAUUAUUAGCUGUCAAACUUAUGAAGGGGGAUUAUCAGCAGAACCUUAUUUGGAAGCUCAUGCAGGUUAUACUUAUUGUGGUCUAGCUUCAAUUAAUAUUAUCACUAGCUCCUUUAAUAAAAUCACAAGUGAUAUGAUCAAAAAUGUGAAAAACAAGCUAGAUUUGAAAAGGGCGUAUGAUUGGUGUAUUAAUAGAUUAACAGCACAAUUUGGAUUUCAAGGUAGACCACAUAAACUUGUUGAUUCAUGCUACUCCUUUUGGGUGGGAGCAUCACUACUCAUUAUCGAACAACUAUUUAAACAUCUUCAUAAUACAACUUACAGUCAAAGUGAUAAUAGAUUUAAUGAAGAUAGAAAAUUGCAUGAAGAACUUGUUAAGUGUUAUAUUUUAGUGAUUUCGCAGACUAGUAAAGGGCUUAGAGAUAAGCCUGGUAAGCCUCCAGAUCUUUAUCACACGUGUUACUCGCUCUCGUAUUUUAACCUAAUUGAAAAAAAUCUAACUCAUGACAUUUUACUUAAUCUUACCACUUAA